AUGGGGCACAUUCUCAAAUCUCGCUGUGUGGGCGGAGCGGAAUCCUCCCCGCCUCCACCUGCUGCAGAGCCCCCACCAGCCAGGAGGCCAGAGGAGGCCUUGGGGACUGGCCCUGAGGGGGACAGACAGCAGCCCGUGGGCCUGGAUGUGGACCGUGGGGCGCCUCUCGGGAGGCAGCCCCCCUGGGGUGCCGAGCAGCCAGGGGCCUGGGCCUCUACACGCACCAGCCAGCCAGGGCCGCUGACCCAGGACUGGGUGUGCGAGCCCCCGCCGAGUGGGAGCCCGCGGCGCCACUGGAGCCUCAGCAUCGAGGAGCGCCGGCAGCUGGCCCUGCAGGGCGAGAAGCAGGGCUCCGCCCUGGCGGACACCCAGCAGCUGGUGGCCGGGCUGGUGUCUGUGGACGUGUGCCGGGACGCGCUCCUGCCCCACCCGCUCAGGGCCAGCGGCCCGAACAACGCCUUCCGCGCCUUCCUGGCCCGCAGCGCCCCCUUUUGGCAGAAGAUGGCUUUGGAGGCCCCGCGGUCUCCACCCCCCUGA